UGUCAGGUGAAGCUGUGGGAUGCUGGCUUUAAUGUUGAACAUUCGUACAAGCUCAAUCCGAAACUACUAGUUCAACUGCAGCACUGCGAAGAGUCGGGCAUUCCUCUGGCCAUAAUACUGGGCGAAUCCGAAAUUCAGCGAGGAGUAGUGAAGUUGAGAGUGAUAGCUAGCAGGGAGGAAAGAGAAAUUCCCUGCGAUCAACUGACUUCAGAAGUCAGCUCUUACUUGCAAGGACUUGUCGAUCCUGAUCCAAUCGCUUCCAGCUAGCUUUCGUGCACUUUUCAAGUGCUCGAACAAGAUAAUGACGAGUCGCCAUCAGCUGCCGUGCACUAUUCCUUCUGUGAUCACUAGAUAAAAUGGCAAAGACUUUAUUUAUUUAUUCAUCUCUUACAAAAAUAUAUCAUAGAAACAUUUCCAGCAUUCAAUUCAUUCAGUUUUAGGGAUUGGCUAUGUUAUUUUUAAGUAAACAAUUAUCAAGUUUUGGGAAACUACAUUGAUGAAAAUAUUGGUGUAGCCUAUUUUCUCAAUUUAUAAUUAUGGAUUACUCAUUUAAAUUAAUCAACAUUAUCAUUGAAUUGAUGUGCAUUGAUCAACAGUAAAGUUGCUACAAAUCAUUCUGAGAUUCACAUUGAUAACUGAUAA